AUCCGAUCCAAACAAAGCCAUUCCCACGCUCCCCGUGCUCCCCAUCAGGAACCUCAUGUUGUUUCUUACGUCGCGUUCUCCAUCCUGCAUCAAUUUUGCAUUUUGCGAAAUGUGCGCGUAUUCUCCUGUAAAUUCUAAAGUUUAAGUGUGUUGACAAAAGCCAUGCUGUGUUCCUGCUCAUCGUUUAAUCAAGAACAGUGUCGUGACAGUAUCUAUGCCUUUGUACGAGCCAUAUGUAUAGGAAUAGAAUUUUCAGAUGAAAUUGGUCGUGGUGCUGGGGGCGAUAUUGCCACAGUGCAUGAAAAGUGGCUGACGCCGAGAAAGAAACGGGUGUGGUGGCCACCAUAUAAGCAGCAAGUACGAACAAGUACCGUAUAAGCAGUAUAUAGGAAGAGUGUUUUUUGAGGACGAUCUUGUACUUUUCGCAGUUAGGGGGACGUGUCAUUUGGCAGUUAGCUACAAUUAUUUGUGAACUAGACAAGAGCAGAAGGCAUUCAAAACUUCAUUUCUCAACAAGGUUGUAAUAAGGGCUGUUCUUUCUGGCACCAAUGCUACCAAAAAAGAUGUGUGAAGAAGAUGCUAUUAAAACUUGGUUAAAGCUUGCACCAAAAAGCUAUAAAACAAAAUACUCAUAUAUCUUUUUUAUCCUCAGUAGUAGAAUGUAAUAUUUUGUUAACUAAAAACAAUAUUCGACUUUGAUUUUCUACUCAGAUUCUUUUUUUUAUUAGACAGUGUCACAAAGUGAAAGGAACUAUAAGAAAGUUAUUAGUGAGCAUCAGUCAAAAGACAUGUUUGACAUGUUCAACAAAUACUUAAUAAAAUAAAUGCCUCUCAGGUUGUGGCUUCAUCUCAACAACAGGGUUGUAGAGUCAGUAGGACCAACCUGUUUUCCCGACAGAGUACUACUUCUAGGCUUCGCCAAAUAUAUUGAACUCAUUUUUGAUCCAAAUGUUAUUUACCACCUUCAUCCAGUUAAUCACGUGAAAUCGUCGUCAGACAGUGACGUCGAUUCCAUAUCACACGUCGCCCAUAAAUCAACGGCCUUUCCACGUCGAAAAGGGACGUGGAAACCACGUGUACAAAUCACGUGGAAUCGCUGUCAGAAAAUGACUUCGAUUCUAUCUGACAUUUCGCCCACAAAUUCAACGGACUUUCCACCUCGAAUAGGGCCGUGA